AUGGGUUUCCGAUUACCUGCAGCUAUUAGACGGGCUUCAUUUAGCAGUAGGCUAACAUCCUCAAAAGCAUCGAAUGUGCCAAAGGGCUAUCUUGCGGUGUACGUUGGAGAGCAAAUGAAGCGGUUUGUUAUCCCCAUGUCAUACUUGAAUCAAUCUUCAUUUCAAGACUUGUUGAGUCAAGCGGAGGAAGAGUACGGAUAUGAUCAUCCAAUGGGUGGCCUCACAAUUCCUUGCACCGAAGAUGUUUUCUUGCAUAUUACUUCUUGCUUCGACGGCCAAUAG